AUGACAUUUAUUGAUAUUCUGACUUCGAGGGCACUUCAAGUCAACAGUGCACAUUCGUUCACGAACAUCCACUUCACCAGCGACCAUCUCUACUUAAGCGGAAUCGAAGGUUUUCUUUUGGAGAACAAGCAUACAUCACCCAACUCGUUUCAGAAACUCACGCCUUCUGCCACAAGUUAUCCUCAGCAGAUGUGGAUAGCAAUCAUGGUUGGUGAUGGGGCUGCACAGUAG